UCUUAUGUGAUUUGGAUAAGAUUUGUUGCGAAAGCAUAAAAAAUAUUGGUAUAAAUUUCUUUAAGCCUCCUUUUUUCAAACCAUCCCAGAUAUUAAGCAGGCUUGGUCCUCAUAAACAUAAAGCCUGGAUGAACAUUUCGGAACUAUUUAAAAAACAAAAAUUUGAGAAGGUUCAUUUUAUUUUAUUGCAGUUUCAAGAAUUAGAACUUCCAAUUAAAUUUAUGGAAAAUAUACCUUUGACCAAGGAUUUAAAAAUAACGCUUGCCGAUCGGUGCCGACAUUGCCAUAGCAUGAGUUGUGAGGAAUAUGAACCGUUUACAGAUCUUGGAGGAGAAUUAUACAAUAAUUUCGAAAAACUAAGUUACAUUUUUCGUUAUUGUCACAGAAUUUCUGAACGAAACCAUCGUCCGUUUAACUGGCUAGGAGGAAUUACCAAUUUGAAGUACAGGCAAAUAGAGUACAUAUUCAUAAUGCAUUCUAAUGGCAUUAUACAUAUCUGCGUAUCUCCUAAAAUUGGUGAAAUUUUUAAGCCAAAUUCCUGCUGCAAUUUAGGAAUACAUGUCCAGUCACAAUUGCUUGUAAAUUUCAAUAUAAGAGGAAACAUUGUUUUUAAAGCUUGGAAUGUUAACUUGACCGUCUUCGACGAUGAUUUUUUUAAUAAAUUGGUUUUUGAGUUAACUGAUUAUUUCCCCACUUACGUUUGCAUGCACAGAAAAACCAAAACUAACAUAAUUCAAUCACCGAGCAAUUGGUACUGCAUAGACUCUUGCGAUACUUUCGAUGGAUUUGUAGAUAAUAUACCAGAAAAUGUUACGCUGACUGAUGUUUGUAGAAAAGGCCAUUUGGCAGAAUGGGAUCAGCCCAUUACUCAAAAAAUAGAACUUGGAUUAUUUAAAAAUAUUAAAUUUUUAAGUGUCAAGAACGUACUUUUAAAAGACGACUUUUUUGGCCAUCUUUUCUCACAAUGUGAAAAGUUGCACACUCUUGAUGUGUUCGUUAAAAAUCGUGACACUUUGUGCCUCGGCAACGAUUGCACACUGUCUUUAUUUACCAACCUGCAUGAGACAAAGCUAAAGAAUCUAAGGCUUUGUUUAAGAGACAUAGAUUACGACAAUAUCUUUAAUUCAUUGUCGAAAUGUCGUACUUUAGAAAAUAUACACAUAUGCCACCAACGUGACCAAAACGAAUACGGAGUACGAGCAAGUGACAAUAGUAUCUUUAUGCUUAUAGAAAAGUGUUGCAAUUUAUACAGUUUAUUCAUUGAAGCAGAAACAGAUAAAGAUGAAUUGGAAGAUCUUAAAUGUCGCUUAAAAUUUGCAGCAAAGAUGUCGGAAAAAGAUCAUUUAAGCAUCCAGGUGUGCUAUUAUGACGGCGACAUUAACCCGUUUGCAGAUGUAUUCAACCCAAGUCCACUGAAUAUCACGCAGUGAUUACUAUUGUACGUUAAUGAUAUAUUCUUUAAGUCUUCUUGUUUAAGUUGCUGUGAUAAAACAGUUAAAUAUGUUUAUUAAAUAUUUAUGUAUUGUCAAAUGGUCAUCGGUCUCUUGUCCAGUAUGUCCAAUUUAUUUUAUUUCUUACCCUUAAAACGACACAUAAACCCUAUCAAGUCAGCACCUA